AUGAGAUCUAAGCUGCUCAUCUUAGGCCGCCUUAAGAUGAGAUUAAGAGAAGGAUUAAAGCACUACCCUCAUGAAAUGAUUUGGGCUGUCUACCAAGAGAGUCGGUUAUUAAUUAUAACCAUCUAUUGGAGGGGCCUAAUUCUCUAGAGGAUUAAGACAUCUUGCCUUCCUCUUAGAGGGUUAUUUUUGGUUCUCUCUCUAGUAGUAGCUAGUUGAAAAAAAUAAGAGAAAAAUCAAAGCCUAAUCAAAGACAUUCUCAUGCUCAAAAUCAUCGUAGAGAAGAGAUUACCUAAGGUGCAUCAAGAUCAUCAUGGAUUAAGCAUCACUCGGCCUAGGAUUGGAACAAAAUAAGGUUUGUGCAAGAUCUAAAUUUAGAGUGUCCUUGUGAUAAUUACAAAUUAGUAGUUACAUCUAUACAUUAAUAUCUUAUAUAUAAAUGUUAAUUAGUGGGUAGAUAAUAUAAUUAUAUAUGUGUUACCGACUCAUUACAACAUUCAUAAUAUUUCAUCAUUUAAGUCCUAAUGUAUAUUAUUUUACUUAUUUUAUUUAUAUUAUGAGACUAACCCCACUUGACUUUUAUGAAGUCAAGUAGUGAUUCUCUCACAUUUUCUUGAUAAUUAUUUGAUUGCAAGAACUUAGGUGAGCUUUUAUUAUGAGUUGGAAGUAAAAGAAGAAGCCCAAGCCUUCAGCCUAAUGAAAAGCCCAAGUUUUAUGGAGAGGGUUGGCGUAAUAUAUUUAUGAGACUAAGAGAGGGUGUCAUCUUGGCCUAACCCAUUUGGACUUGAAAGAGUUAUAAAGAGAUGAGAUCUAGGCUGCACAUCUUAAGGCACCUUAAGAUGAGAUUAAGAGAAGAAUUAGAAUGCUGCCCUCAUAGAAUGAUCUGGGCCAUCCACCAAGGGAGUUUGGUUAUUAAUCAUAACCAUCUAUUAGAGGGGCCUAAUUUUCGAGAGGAUUAGGCAUCACGCCUCCCUCUUGGAGGAUGCUUUUUGGCUCUCUCUAGUAGUGGCUAGCCAAACAAAAUAGGAGAGAAAUCAAGACCUGGUCAAUAGCAUUCUCAUGCCCAAGAUCAUCGUGGAGAAGCGACUACCUAGAGUGCAUCAAGAUCGUCAUGGAUCAAGCAUCACUCGGCCUAGGAUUAGGGCACAACGAGGUUUGUGCAAGAUCUAGAUUUGGGACGUUCUUGUAAUCCUCUCCAUAGAUAGAUUAACUUGCAAUUUGAAAUAGUUUUAUUAUUUAUUUUAUCAUUCCAUUGCGUCAGAUUCAUUCUCUCUCUUUUGUCACGCUUUUCAUAACUCUUGUCUUCACCUUUUUACAUUUAAUUUUGUCCUUCACAAUCUCAUGCAUAUAUAUCUAUAUAAGAAAUAAAAUAAGCAGAAUUUGUACUCUCAUUACCCAUACUCUUUGAACAUCAAUCCUUACUUAUCGUAAAUAAAAAUGUGAGAUUUCAUAAAUAUUAUUUACAUGAACUUGGUUGAAUCAUGACAAUAUAUUUAACCUCCAAUUUGAGUUUAUCAAAUUGGCAUUGUUGCUAGCAAACUAGGUGUCAUUGAGAGAAUAUAAUUUUUUCUUUAUUUUUUUGUCAUUUUUUCUUUCUUCAGCGAAUAAUUUUCUAAGUCAUUGAUAAGUCUUCAUUAUCAUGAGUUAAUAAUUAGUAAAUAAUAUAGUUUUAGCCUUAACUCAUGAUAAAUAGACUUAUAUUUGUAUUAAACUGUGAAAAGUGGUGUUCAGUUGAUUAACGUGAAUUUUUAGGUAAUUAUGUGAUUUUAAAUGAUUUUAUAUGAUUUUUACAAUCUUACUUUUGAGAUAAAUGAAGAAAAAGAAAUAAAAAUAAAAAUAAGACAAAAUAGGGGACCCACCGGCCAGCCGGGCCCGCAAGCAGGUCAGAAGCACAGUCGGGGAGUAGCCACAAGCAGGGGCUUGAGUGGCUUGGACCGAUAGGGGCACGUGUGCGCCACUCCCCUUCCACGUCACCGGUGGCCAGCCGGUUGUGAGGCAAGGAGUGGUCGUGCACGCGCGAGAAAGGGACUUGCCUUUAAAAAUCACCAGUGAAGGAUUAAGCAACCAGAAUUACUGGAUCAUCGGUGAAAAUCUCGUCAAUGCGAUUCGCGGAGUAUUGUUACUAAAAUUAUUGAACGAUUUGCGAUAAAAGGAUCACGAAUCCAUCGAGUAAAGCAUCUUUGAUUGAUCGACAAACAAGCCGUCGUCGGGAAGAGGACGAUCUGCUGGGAGAUGAGUCGCCACCUCGUGAGAGCAUACCGGAUGCAAUGAAAAGCCUCCUCUUGCUCCACAGACUUGAGGAUGAAGCUUCCUGACAUGUGCCCCACCUCCAUCCAGCUCCUCUCUGUCAGGUGACAGCUGUCGGAGAGCCGCAAAGUCGUCAUUUUUCUACUCCGUCGGGUAACAACUGUCGGAGACGAUUCGACGACCCAUUUCAUUGAUCUCUAGACUUCCUAAGGAGAUCAAGAGAUUGCCCACAUCGUCCUUGUCCAAGGAGAGCCUUCGAGGCCGUGAAUACUACACGACUAUCCUCCCGAAUACUCAGAAUUCCAGUGCAUCCCCGACGCAUCGCCGCCGCGAUGCCAGAACUCUAUUUUCUUACUUUCAACUUACUUUACACUUCAUUUAGUGAUAAUUUGUUGAUUUUAAAUUUACUAAGAUAUACUUCAUUUCAUUACGAUUCUUCCGACUUUUACAGAUCUUAAUUUGAUCAAUUAAAUCAUUUGUAAUCGCUUACAUAAGAAUUGCCAGGCGGAACUCUAUUUCUGCCUGAUUCACGUUAGCUAGGUGCUGACGUCAUCCUGACGUCCGCACCCUUAUUUCCUUUUUCCGUGAAUUUUAAAUAUAUUUCUUUUUCAUUUCUUAGUAUAAAAUUUAUAUAAAAUAUUAUUCUUUGAGAAAAAUUCUAAAUAAUUAUAAGAUAUUAUAUUAUAUCCCUAUGAUUGACUUGGAAAAUUAUCGCUAUGUUUGGAAGUUUAUUGAAUUAUAAUUGAUAUAUUUGUUCAAAAAUACUUCUAAAUGUCUGAAAAUUCGUAUUUUCCAGUUUUAUAAAUUUAAGAUUUGUGUGAUUUAAUAUACAAUGACUAAGUCACGUUAGUCAUCGAUUGAGAACUUUUCAAGAAAAAUAUCACUUUUUACAUAUCCAAUUUCAUGAGAUUUUUGAGCAGCGGGGAGCUGUCCCACGCCUCACAAGGGGCAGCUUCCCCCUUGA